UCCCGUCUCUCAUCAUCGACAUUCCCUCAAGCAAAGUGCCAUGCCUUACUCCAAACUGCCGAGCUUCACGGCGCUGGCCCUUUCGCGCUACCGCCCGCUGCCGACGCUCGUGCAUCUCGAGCUCAACGUGCCCAAGACGUUCAACGCCCUCUCGCCCACGCUCUUCCGCGACUGGACACGCGCGCUGCGCUGGGCCGCAGAGACGGACGACGUGCAUGCCGUCGUCGUGUCCGGGCGCGGGCGCCCCGGCAGCACGCCCGAGAAGCGUGUCUUCUGCGCCGGCAUGGCCAUGGACGCCAGCAUGCUCGAGGGGCGCGGCGAGGGCGAGGCACAGGCCGAGGACCCGGACACCUCCAACCUCGCCGGCGCACUCGUCGAGGAGCUCAUCCGCUUUCCCAAGUGUCUGGCUGCGGCCAUCAACGGCCACGCCUUCGGGCUGGCCGUGACGAUCCUGCCAUUGCACGACCUCGUCUUUGCGCUGCCCGGGCGAACGUUCAAGACGCCCUUUGCCGAGCUCGGCGUCUGCGCCGAGGGAUGCAGCUCCGUCACCUUCCCGCGCAUCCUCGGCCCGGCGCUGACGACGAAGAUGAUGAUGCUCUCCGAGCCGCAGACAGCCGAGACGCUGGCGGCGCGCGGCUUCCUCUCCGUCGUGCCCGAUGCUACGCCCGACUCUCUGCCCGAGUAUGCGCUUAGCUUCCUCGCAGAACGCUUCGGCAUCCCCGAGUGCGCUGCGGAUCCCGACACGGUCGUCGAGUCGGCCGACUACACGAACCUCAGUCUCGAGAGCAUGAUGGCCACGAAGCGUCUACUGCGGUCAGACGAGGAGCUGGCGCGCCUGCGUGCGGCCAAUGCACGCGAGAUGGAGGAGCUCGGAAGGAUCGCCGCCAGCCCUGUGUUCCUCGCCGGCGUCUCGCGCUUCCUGGCCAAGCAGCAGGCCAAGAAGGCGGCUGCGGCGUCGGCGCGCCUGUGACCCUGCACAUCUCAUCACGUAAUGCCAGUCCCAUUCCUAU